UUUAAAGAAAGGAAGUUCGUGUGGAAUUUAUAGAGAUUAGUGUGUGUUGUUCUCUCGGCAGUAAGAGUGCUUCGAGGUCAGCGCGCACCCGGCGGCGGCCAUAUUGGAAGUCAAAGCGCGCUGUGUCAGUGCAUUGUUGUUGUCCAGCGAAGCAAAAAGGGGUGACAAUGCCGAAUACGUGCGUCAUUGUUGGCUGUAGUAACCGAGGGGAAAAGGGUGGCAAAAGCUUCCACAGACUCCCCGAAGUCGUGACUAACCAGGGAAUUGCAGCACAGGAGAAAAGCGAGCGGAGGAGACGACAGUGGCUGGCUGCCAUUAACCGAUCAAAUUUAGGACAACUUGACUGUAUCCGGAUUUGUUCUGAUCACUUUGUGACAGUAUGGCUCGACAUGUUGCUGUGAUCGGAGCAGGCUGUGCUGGACUGACCAGCAUAAAGUGCUGCUUGGAUGAGGGUCUGGAGCCAGUGUGCUUCGAAAGCAGUGAUGACAUUGGAGGACUCUGGAGGUUUAAGGAGACACUAGAGACUGAACGCUCCAGCAUAUACCGAUCGCUGGUUGUAAAUACUUCAAAAGAGAUGAUGUGCUUUAGUGAUUUCCCGAUGCCAGCCCACUUCCCAAACUACAUGCAACACUUCAUGAUGCUAAAGUAUUUACGGCUGUAUGCUGAGCACUUUGACCUGCUCAAGUACAUUCGCCUCCAGACAACUGUGCUCAGUGUGAGCCAGAGGCAUGACUUCUCUCGCACAGGCCAGUGGGAGGUCGUAACUGAGAACAAAGAUGGACACAAAGAAACACAGGUGUUUGAUGGGGUGUUUGUGUGUUCAGGAUGCUUCACACACCCUAUUACACCCCUCUCAGCAUUUCCUGGAAUAGAUGCGUUUCCAGGGAAGUGUUCCCACAGCUGGGAAUAUAAGGAUUCACAGCCAUUCCAUGGGAAGAAGGUGGUGGUUAUUGGCACUGGCAACUCUAGUGGAGAUCUUGCUGUGGAGAUCAGCAGAGUGGCAGAAAAAACUUUUCUGAGCAUGCGUGAAGGAACAUGGGUUGUGGGCCGUAUGUCUACCGGUGGCCUGCCUAUGGACAUGAACGUGCUGACACGCAUGAAUACCCUUCUGCUGCAAGUGCUUCCUCGAGAUCUGCUUAACUGGGCAGUGGAGAGAUUCUUUAAUCAGAAAUAUAAUCACAGACUGUAUGGACUGCAACCCAGCCACAGGAUACUCGACCAACAGCCCAUCGUUAAUGAUGACCUACCAGGACGCAUCAUUCAAGGGGCAGUGCAGUUGAAACCAAAUGUGCGAGAGUUCCGAGGCUCGACUGUCGUAUUUGAGAAUGAGGCAAUCGAAGAUGGUAUAGAUGCAGUUGUCUUCUGUACAGGAUACAAACCAAGCUUCCCAUUCUUGGUGUUUUCAAAGGACAAUGAUCCUAUGGGGGAAGUGAGCCUCUACAAAAGAGUCUUCCCUCUGUUCCUAGAGCGCCCCACGCUGGCCUUCAUAGGGUUAAACACUGCCUCAGGACCUUUAAUGCCUAUAAUGGAAAUGCAGGCACGAUGGGCCACCCGAGUCUUUACAGGGUUAACGCAACUUCCUCCCAAAGAAAAAAUGCGCAAGAUCACUGAGAAAGACUUCAAAGAAAAUCUGAAGAGAUGCGGUUGUCCAAAGAAAGCUGUUCUCAAUGUAGACCAUCUCCCUUACUUGGAUUUCAUUGCACAAGAAGUCGGUGCACGUCCCAACCUCUUGUGGCUGUUCCUGACCGAUCCCGGUUUGGGUUUGAGGGUUCUGUUCGGUCCCUGCACCCCGUAUCAGUUUCGGCUGUGUGGGCCGGGUAAGUGGGAUGGGGCUCGUCAGGCCAUCCUCACCCAGUGGGAACGUGUUGCCCAGCCAUUCAAGACACGCCCCAUUCCAGAGCCAAAAACUACUCCUGGACUACGCUACUGGUUAAUUCUGGCAGGAGGAACGAUGCUGAUGUUCACACUCCUUGAAUUGCAGAAGAGAAGUGACCUUUUUACAGUCGCUGAUUAGAUAUAAUAUGGCCUCUAUAGCAUUAGUUUGCUCUAAAGAUUUGCAUUUAAGUAGAACGAUUUCAACUCCAUAACUGUCACUUGGAAAUGUUAUUUGUGUACAAAUUAGAAUCAUGUAAAAGGUUUGCCUAGCUGCAUUUCUAGCAUGGGACCACUGGCGAACUGCAAAUUUUUAGUCUUACCAUAUUGGAUUGAGGUCUGGGCUUUGACCGAUCUUUCUAAAAUAUUCAAGAGGCUGGUUUUAAACCAACCAUCACUCAUGAGCAGGGUUUGGUUUGUUAUACAUAUGUAGUAAAAAGUUUGAUAAACCUUUACCCCUGUUUUGUUGGUGUUCUGUCCUGAUCAUGAAAUGCUAUUCACAUUUUACUCAUGGACUAUUACUGUAUUAGAAUGCCUAAUCAUCCUGGCUUUACACACUAUGACCCAAUGGUUUCCAUUUAAGAAUUUUCUCUAUGAUGCUUUUGGAGAAAGUGGGCCAAAAAUGAUUUAAUUGUUUUUAUUUUAUUAUUUUAAUAGCACAAAUCAUUUCUAUUUCAAGGUGAAGAAAUGUUAAGAGAUAUGAGUAAUGCGUUAGCCAUACGUACUCACGGGUGAGUACCUAACAGUUCACUGUAUUGAGGAGGUAAAUAUACAUCAGUCAUCACACAAUUGUAUGUCUGUAUGUUGACCGAUGUAAAGCAAAAGGUUGUAAAUACAGUGACAUUCAUUUAAAGGGCUACCUUGUUUACAGCUGACACUAUAAGCAGCCAUGUUAAUUUGAUGUCGCUUGCUGAACUCAGAGUUGAGAAGGUCACCGACUACUCAAAUGGGGUGGACAAUUUUAUAACUAUUCAGAAGUUAUGAGAAUUUAUAAACAAUCUGGGAGUAUGUUAUUGUUUUCAACACAAUUGCAUCUGAUAUAGACUCCUAAUCAGCAGAUCUAAUUAACAUAGUGUCAUAGAGUGAUCUGCCUGGCUGGGGGUUCAUUCUGCCAUAAAUUCAAUUUGGUAAUCUGGUCACUAUACAUUUCAAAGAGUCUCAGGGGUAUAAAAGCGUAUGCAUUUUAGUGUAAGAGAGGCAUUUUUCCAUUGAGCUUUCACAGAUGCUUUGACCAUCCCGCAUCCUAUGCCCACUUUUUUGUACGUUGUAUUUCUGUGAUUUUAUAUAAUACUCAUUUAUUAAUGUGUCUCCUAAUACUCAGUAAUUCCUCUGUAAGAAAGUGUAGUGCAUUGAUUGAUUGCAUGGUUUAUAUGAUUUUGUAUGUUUAUUAGAAACAGUUUUCUAGUGAAAGUUUUAAUGUUGGAUACAUUUUGAAAGCGACAUUUGACCGACUAGAGUAAAAGGCUAAUACUUGGAAUUCUAAACCAAAAGCUCUGAUAAGUAAAUAGAAAGGCCCAGGCUUACACAUCAAUAGAAACCUUUGAGUUCAAGGAAUAAUUGUUGGCUAAAUAUACUAUAUAAAAGUCUCUGACAUAGGAACAUCAUUUUAUAACGAAAG